AUGGUCACAAUCAGCGAGGUCAAGGGCAACUCGCGCGAACACAGAACUGCAGCUCAUACCCACAUCAAAGGCCUGGGUUUAAGGAGCGAUGGCUACGCAGAGAGCGCAAGCGGUGGCUUUGUCGGCCAGCUGGCUGCAAGAGAAGCAUGCGGCGUUGUGGUGGAUCUCAUAAAGUCCAAGAAGAUGUCAGGGCGCGCAGUCCUACUAGCUGGUGGACCGGGCACAGGAAAAACAGCACUGGCUCUGGCUGUUUCACAAGAGCUUGGGACCAAGGUGCCAUUUUGCCCGAUAGUCGGCAGCGAGGUCUACUCGACCGAGGUCAAGAAGACCGAAGCAUUGAUGGAAAAUUUCCGGAGGGCUAUCGGUCUACGAGUUCGGGAGACUAAGGAGGUCUACGAAGGAGAGGUAACCGAGCUCACGCCAGAAGAAUCCGACAACCCUUUAGGAGGCUAUGGAAAAACAAUCAGCCAUCUACUCAUUGGUCUCAAAUCUUACAAAGGCACCAAGAAGCUGCGCUUAGAUCCUUCAAUCUACGAAGCAAUACAAAAAGAGCGGGUUGUCGUUGGGGAUGUAAUCUACAUUGAGGCCAACACCGGAGCUUGCAAAAGGGUCGGGAGAUCGGAUGCAUAUGCUACGGAAUUCGACCUAGAGGCGGAGGAGUAUGUGCCGAUACCCAAGGGCGAAGUGCAUAAGAAGAAAGAGAUAGUGCAGGACGUGACGUUACAUGACCUCGAUAUAGCGAAUGCAAGGCCGCAGGGCGGACAAGAUAUCAUGAGCAUGAUGGGUCAGCUCAUGAAGCCGAAAAAGACAGAGAUCACAGACAAGCUACGAGAGGAGAUCAACAAAGUCGUAAGCCGGUAUAUCGAUCAAGGGGUCGCUGAGCUUGUGCCAGGUGUGCUCUUCAUUGACGAGGUGCACAUGCUUGACAUCGAAUGUUUCACCUACCUCAACCGCGCCCUCGAAUCUCCCAUUUCACCCAUUGUCAUACUUGCCUCAAAUCGUGGAAAAUGCACCAUACGAGGCACAGAAGAUAUCGUCGCCGCUCAUGGGAUCCCACCGGAUCUCCUCGCCCGCAUACUGAUCGUACCCACCAAUACAUACACCCCAGGGGAAGUCAAGCUCAUCGUCCGCUUACGAACGAAAACGGAGGGCUUGGCAAUCACCGAGCCAGCCCUCGAGAAGAUUUCUGAACAUGGAGUCAAAGUCAGUCUACGAUACGCGCUGCAGUUGCUCACGCCUGCAAAUAUUCUGGCACGAGUCAAUCACAAGAAGGAGAUCGAUCUCGACGACGUUGCCGAGUGCGAAGAUCUUUUCAUCGAUGCUAGAAGAAGCGCAAGCAUUGUCAAUGCUGGAGAUGGGUUCAUAUCGUGA